AUGCAUUCAUCUGUGGCAGUUAUAUCUGCCGGUCUCGCAUGUCCAUGGUUACGGGGUUUUACACCGAGCUCCUUUUCACAAGACAACAGCAUCAUUUUCGGCUUCCACGCAAAGAAUUUUUACGCAGUUGAUGUUCGAAGCGGUGAUAUAUUGUGUACUGUACCUUGCGGUGGAAUUCAUCGGCAGUGGUAUUGCACUUUGUACCCAAAUUAUGAUGUAUUGAGAGAGCAAGAUGUCAGAUUACAUCGGGCUACAUUCGACUUUCUUCGUAAAGGAUCCAUUGUUUCUAUUGAUUUGUAUCUGAAACGACUCCCUUUCCUCGAGCAAUGCUUCCAUCGUACGCAAGUGAUCGGUGUAUGUUUAUUGGACGACACUGAUACAAGCACCCGCGCUAUAACUGUUGGGGCUGACUAUUUCAUCCAGUUCUCAGAAAUACGAUGGAGAAAACGCGCGUGGUCAUUGCUUUUGUCCUUAUAUAAUCCGUCGGCUCCUACUUGUAUUCGAUCGUCUUUAAUGUCAUGUGGCAGAUGUGCGGUUGUUGUUGGUGGAGAAAAGGGUACAGUUACAGCUUGGAUGGUCGAAGCAGAAGCUCUAGUAGAUGGAAAUUCAUAUGCUGUUCGGUCUGCACGUUAUCAGCGUAAGGAGACCUCUGCUCGAGUAGUGGAUAUUGAUUUUACCCAGGUGGCAAAUUCCCAUUAUUUGUGUGCUGUGUGUUAUGCUGAUGGAAAAAUUGAGUGGUUGAAUCUGUAUGUUGAUGAAAAUCGUGGUGUUGAGCUUGACAGCGAAACAAGCUUCUCCCAAUUAGUGAGCCCAAACUACUCGAUCUUCACUAAGGUUGUUUCGUAUUCGGUUGGCGGUACUGUCUAUCUCUGUGCUGCAUCUACAUCAGGAAAUUUGUUUUUGUGGGAGUUAACUGGGAACCCUGAACCUGUUUGCACGUUGUUCGUGGAACGCUGUGGCCUUUCGGCUAUCGCGUACUUCUCUGCCAACGGCCAGAAAUGGAUAGCAGUCGGGUCUGAGUCUGGGACAGUGACGGUCUUUUCCGUACGUGGUGUCUAUUUGGAGAAGCUGGCCACUUUGCCUUAUCACACUGCCACUGUCACUGGAGUUGCUCUCAGGCUAGCUGACACAGAUCUUCAGGUGUUGUCAGUCUCAUUGGACUGCCGCUUUGCAGCUCAUUCCAUCAAUGUGCAAACAAAGCAGGCUCGUUUUCUACACGCUGUCCUUCUCGGUGUGCGAGAUCCUUCUUCAGUUUUAGUAACGAAGUCUGGUUCUAUUGUCGUUGGGAAUGGGAUGGAAACUCUACCUACUCUCACGUGA